AUGCUACACCUUGCUAACGUACCCCCCACUCAGCCUGAUGCAGCUUUCUCACUUGUGGCCGCAUUCGCCCUCGAUAAGGACGAGAAAAAGGUUGACCUUUGCCCUGGAUUUUAUCGAGAUCAUAAUGCAAAGCCAUGGGUUCUACCUUCAGUUACGCAGGCGAAAGCUAAACUACAUGCAGACCCCAAUGUAUUACACGAGCAUCUCCCUCUUGUAGGCCAUACCGGACUUCUUCGCGGUUCUCAAAAAUUAGUAUUUGGCACGACUCGAGAUCUGAAGCGUAUCGCCUCUAUGCAGACAGUAUCCGGCACAGGAGCUAAUCACAUUGCGGCUCUAUUCCUUUCAACUAGACUAAAACCUAGAAAAGUCUGGAUUUCUGACCCGAGCUGGAUUAAUCACACAGAGAUAUGGAGAAUCGUCAAUCCAGAGAUCGAACAAAAGAGCUAUCCAUAUUACGAUAAAGAGAGCCACACAAUUGACUUCGAGAAUAUGAUAUCAACUUUGCGCAAAGAAGCGUGUGUCGGAGACGUCAUAAUACUUCAUGCGUGCGCACACAACCCUACAGGAAUGGAUUUGGAUAAACGUCAGUGGCAGAUCGUCGCAGAACUUUGCCAAGAGCUUGGAUUGUUCACUAUCUUCGAUUUGGCAUACCAGGGCUUUGCAACGGGAGAUGUGUAUCAGGAUUCAUGGGCAAUCAGUCACUUCUACGAUAAAUCGAACAUGGAGUUUGCCGUCGCACAGUCUUUUUCAAAGAAUUUUGGCUUGUAUGGGGAACGUGUAGGAGUUCUUCACAUCGUUGCCACGAGCCCCGAGACCGUGAUUAAAGUAACACCGUCACUCAUCCAACUAUCUCGGGCAGAGAUUACUUCUUGUCCUUCAUACGGGGCAAGAAUCGUUGCCGAGAUUCUUGAAAAUCCAAAUUUGUAUAGUCAAUGGCUUCAAGAUCUAAGAACAAUGAGCGAUCGCAUGAAGCGCAUGCGCCAAAGCUUAUACGAAGCACUCCUACAUAAACAAGUGAAAGGCUCUUGGCAAUAUCUACUCACGGAUAUAGGCAUGUUUUCAAUGACAGGGCUAUCAUAUACGGAAGUAGCGGUACUGAGAGAGAAGCACCAUGUCUAUCUCCUACCCUCAGGAAGAAUUUCCGUAACCGGACUGACAGAAAAUAAUGUAGAGAAAGUCGCCGAGGCAUUUAAAGCUGUUCUAGGAGUGCAAUAG